AUGAACACUGCUGCCCAGCUGUGUCUGUGUUUGCUGUCGUCCCUUCUCACCCUGGCCUGGGUGACAGUGCCGCUGUGCCAGGCUUCCCCCUGUUCCUCCCUUGUGACAGGGGUCCUGUACGGCUCCUUCUCCCUCAGGGACCUUUUCCCUGGCCCGCACGGCCUGAGAACUGGCUGCUCGUGGACCGUGGAGAACCCAGAUCCGACCAAGUACACCCUCUACUUCCGCUUCAACCGUCAUGCCGGGUUUUGCCUAGCUUUCUCACCACUAGUAUUGCCCCUGGACCACUACCUCGCCAACCACACAUGUGGACAGGUGCUGCCCGACCCAGAAUUUAUAGAGCCGUGCCAGGUGUCUGGUCCUCAUGCUUUCCUGCAAUUUGAUAAGAACUUUGUGCAGUUGUGUCUAGCUGCAGAGACCAAACAAGAUUCUGAUGAAGUGAAGGUACCUCUGUCUGCUGAAACGCUGGACUUCAGGCUUGUGGAAGUUCUUCUGAUCAACAAUGAGAAUUCCAGCCAGUUUACAUGUGGAGUGCUGUGCCGCUGGUUUGAGGAGUGCCUCCGUACCGGCUCUGGUAGAGAAAGUGAAGGCUGUGGAAUCACCCAAACUGGGUGUGUGUGCCCUAAUGUUGGGCCUCCAGUGCCAAUACUGCCUGCUACCCCCCAUAACCACUCUCUGGAUCCCAGUGCCAGUGUGCUGCUGCCGCCCACUGAUGACUGCUGCGUCACCCAACUGCAUGGCAAAAACGGCAUCUCCAAUAUUGCACCCAGAGAUGUUCAUCAAGACUUUGAUGAUGAUGAGCAGAAGGUCAAGACCCAGAGGCCAAGAUCAGCAGACCAGCCGGGAGUGUUCCAAGCCCAAACAGGUGAUCCAGCAGCCGAGGAGUGGUCUCAGUGGAGUGUGUGUUCGCUGACGUGUGGGCAGGGUUGGCAGGUGCGUACUCGCUCCUGUGUGUCCUCUCCGUAUGGCACACUGUGCAGCGGGCCGCUGAGGGAGACACGCCUCUGCAACAACACUGCCACCUGCCCAGGUGAGCCACAGCAUCAAGCAGUGCAUGUCCUAUGGGAAGAGUGGUCUGCUUGGAGCCUGUGCUCGGUCUCGUGCGGCCGGGGCUCUCGGACUCGGAGCAGGAGCUGCGUGGGCCCUGAGCGCCGAGCCGAGGCCUGCCCACGUCUUGAUGUGCAGAACAAACUCUGCUAUAUAGCUGUGUGCCCUGUGGAGGGGCAGUGGUUGGAUUGGGCUCCUUGGUCUCGUUGUUCAGUAUCGUGUGGAACUGGCACUCAGCAGAGGCUGCGGCGCUGCAGUGUGUCUGUACACGGCUGGGCUGAGUGUAAAGGUCCACAGUCAGAAACAAGGGAAUGCACUAACCAACCUUGCGAUGGAGGUGGAAACUGGGGAGCGUGGAACCAGUGGAGUCCGUGCUCUAAGACGUGCGAUUCAGGUUGGCAGCACCGCUUUCGGAUGUGUGAAGGCACAGGAAUCCAAAAUUACCCCUGCGAUGGAUCAGGGGAGGAAGUGCGGCCCUGCAACAACAAGAAGUGCCCAGCACCUCAUGAGAUAUGCAAGGAUGAGUAUCGAGGUUUAAUGACGUGGAAGAAAGCUUCAGCUGGAGAGACGGUCUACAACAAAUGUCCAUCAAAUGCCACUGGAUCUGCUAGUCGUCGAUGUUUGCUGGACACUAAUGGACUUGCUUACUGGGGUCCUCCGAGCUUCGCCCGAUGCAUCUCACUUGAAUAUAGAUAUUUACAUUUAACUUUACGAGAGCAUCUUGCGAAGGGUCAGAGGACCCUGGCAGGGGAGGGCAUGUCUCAGAUCGUGAGGAGUCUCCUGGAGUUAAUGUCCCGCCACAGCUAUUAUAGCGGUGACCUCUUAUUCUCCGUGGAGAUUCUCCGAAAUGUGACGGACACCUUCAAGCGAGCAACCUACAUCCCAGCUCCCGACGACGUGCAGAAAUUUUUCCAGAUAGUCAGCUUAAUGUUGAACAUGGACAAUCUUCAAAAAUGGGAAGAUGCUCACCAGGUCUCUCCAGGCGCCAUGUUGCUAAUGCGAGUUGUGGAAGACUUUAUUCAUCUCAUCGGUGAAGCACAAAAGCCUUUCCAAAGCUUUCUUGCUGUCACCACUAACCUCAUAAUCAAUAUCCAACGAGAGCCAGUGUCAGCUGUUUCCAGCGACAUUAACUUCCCUAUGAAGGGAAGGAGGGGGAUGAAGGACUGGGCACGCUCAGCAGAAGACAAGCUUUUCAUCCCGAAAGAGGUCUUCAGUCUGUCCUCUGAUGAAUCGGAUGAGGCUUCCUACUUUGUUAUUGGAGCCAUUCUUUACCGCACCCUUGGCUUUAUUCUACCGCCACCAAAAGAUCCCUUGGUGAUCAGCUCAAAGAUUUUAAGUGUCACAGUGCGUCCUCUACCCAAACCCUCUGAGCCGGUCGUCAUGGUGGAACUGGCACCUCUGCUGAAUGGCACAUCACAGCCACAGUGUGUUGUGUGGGACCUUGCCAGCCCUGAGGAUGGUGAGGAAAACUGGGACACAGAAGGCUGCAAAACGCUCCCGUCGCCCACAGUCCACACUAAAUGCCUCUGCAGCAAGAUUUCUACCUUUGCAUUGUUAGCACAGAAAGCGAAAGACCCGGAUAUGAGACCGUCCAGCUUGCCCUCAGUCCCACUCAUGGUGGGUUGUGGAGUGUCCUGCACGGCUUUACUCAUCUUACUGAUCAUCUAUGCUGCCUCCUGGAGGUACAUUCGCUCUGAGAGGUCCAUCAUAUUGGUGAACUUCUGUCUGUCCAUACUGGCCUCGAACAUACUUAUACUAGUGGGACAGUCUCAGACACUCAGCAAGGGGCUGUGCACCGUGACUGCUGCCUUUCUCCAUUUCUUCUUCCUGGCCUCUUUCUGCUGGGUUCUAACAGAGGCGUGGCAGUCUUACCUUGCUGUGAUUGGCAAGAUUAGGACACGCCUCAUUCGCAAGCGGUUCCUGUGCCUGGGUUGGGGUCUGCCAGCCCUGGUUGUUGCUGUAUCUGUCGGAUUUACCAGAGCUCGAGGCUAUGGGACACCAAACUACUGCUGGUUGUCUCUGGAAGGAGGUCUGCUUUAUGCAUUUGUUGGUCCUGCAGCUGUCAUUGUUUUGGUGAACAUGCUAAUUGGGAUCGUCGUCUUCAACAAGCUCAUGUCGAGAGAUGGCAUCUCAGACAAAUCUAAAAAGCAAAGAGCAGGUCCAUCGCUGGAGGUGCGUAGCAGACUGCUCCUCCAGUGCUCCAAGUGUGGGGUGAUCUCCAGCACUGCUCUGUCCAGCUCCACCACCAGCAGCACCAUGACGUCAUUGUGGAGUUCAUGCGUUGUUCUGCCGUUGCUGGCGCUCACAUGGAUGUCAGCGGUGUUAGCCAUCACGGAUCGUCGCUCCACACUCUUCCAAGUGCUGUUCGCAGUCUUCGACUCGGUCCAGGGCUUCGUCAUUAUCACUGUUCACUGUGCCAUGAGGCGAGAGGUACAGGAUGCUGUGCGCUGUAGGAUGGGUGGAUGUAAGGAUGACAGUGAAAACUCACCAGACUCCUGCAAAAACGGCCAGGUGCAGAUCAUGACUGAUUUUGAGAAAGACGUGGACUUGGCUUGUCAAACAGAGAGAGGACAUCCAUUCAUCUUCAAGGAGGUGAACACAUGCAACCCAGCUAGCAUCACAGGCACACUGUCGCGGAUUUCCCUGGAUGAUGAGGAUGAUCCCAAGUUAGCCACCCACCAAGAAGGCAUCAAUUUCAGCAGUCUGCCCGGCAACAUCCCCCCACCCAACCUCCUGGCACAGGUUUCAACUCUGGGCACGUUGAAUGAGCUCAACGAGACGCCCCGGAAAAAGGAGGUCAAUGUGGAACAGCAGGGCCAGCACCAGCGUUCUGCACCAGUCUACUUGUGCACAGAGAGUGCACUGGGUUGGGCACGGUCGUCUACUGCGACCACUGACCCAGCAAGCAGUGCAGGGGGUGGCGAAGGGGACUACAUGGUACUACCACGGCGGACAGUCAGCCUCAAGCCCAGUCCGAUACAGGAAGAGGAAAAACCUCUCAAUAUCAGCGUGGAUGACCCGCCUUUUCCUCCACCCCCUUCACCCAUGACCCUUCACCCAGCUGAGAGCGAGCCAUAUCCAACGGACUUUGCCACUGUGGACCAUGUUGGUGUUGGUCUGAACCGUUCCUAUGGUACUGUCAAGCAGGUACCCAGCCUCGCCAGUGCCCACACACUGCAGGUGAAGCAAAGCCGGCCAUCCAUCAGGCAGAUCUUCACUUCCGGCAAAGCAGAACGCACCAGAACCCUGCCCCGCAAUUUGGGUAGCGCCAAUACCAAUGUCUCAGCUGGCUCCCUGGAAAGGAAAAGAGUACGAUACUCUGAGCUGGACUUUGAGAAAGUGAUGCACACUCGCAAAAGACACUCAGAGCUCUACCAUGAACUCAACCACUCCACCAAGUUCCACACCAUAGAUAGGUAUAGCAGGGACCCUGCCGUGACCAUGUUUAAGAGAGAAAUGCAACAGAACAUUUCAUCCGCCAGAAGUGAAAAGAAUUCACAGAAUGACAAGGCCACAGCAGAUGAGCAGCAAUCCUGGGACAGCUUUAAGACAAUGACCACUGAGCCAUCAUCCAGCUCCGGCGGACAAAAGACGGAUCGAGUUGAGUUGCACAGUAAAGCCUGGGACGGUUCCUCUGCAAACACUCCUGACACAUCCGAGGGAGACUUCCAGACUGAAGUGUGA